AUGUCAGCAGCCGAGACACCUGUUUCAGCGCAUGCACAUCAUUGUUCACCGGAUCAAGAAUUACAAGAUCUUCUUUCCAGAUUUUGGACACAAGAAGAAAUUCCUAAGUCGACUACAGCAGAGUUAACUGAGGAGGAAGAGGAGUGCGAACGACACUUUCUAACGACCUAUUCACGAGAUGCAACGGGCAGAUAUGUGGUUCGCCUCCCUCUAAAAAUCAAUCCGUCGGUUUUGGGGGACUCUAAAGCAAAGGCUCUCGGUUGUCUUAAGAACCUGUUUCAACGAUUCUCAAAUCAAAGUACUUUUCAACAACUUUACGGAAACUUUCUAGAUGAGUAUUUGAAGAUGGGUCACAUGAAAGAGGUUGACGCCUCCUCCGAUCAGACUUCUGUGGUGAAUUAUCUCCCACAUCAUGGGGUACUACGAGAGAAUAAUCGAACCACAAAACUCAGGGUGGUUUUUAACGGAUCCAGCCCUACCAGCAAUGGCCUCUCGCUAAACGAUAUUCUACACGCCGGUGCCAAGCUUCAAAUUGACAUAUGCGAUAUUCUGCUUUGGAUACGUACCCAUAAGCUGCACCAGGACGAUUGGAACCUACAGAGAAUAUUAUGGAUCGGAUCGGAACAACAGCUUCUCGCCUACUGCCUUACCACAGUGACAUACGGACUACGAUGUGCACCCUUCUUGGCGUUGAGAGCUCUAGAGCAACUGGUGAAAGAGGAAGGUCAUCGUUUUCCUAAAGCGAUCAUUCCUAUGAAGAAGGGCAGAUUCGUCGACAACAUUUAUGGAGGAUCUGAUACGACAUUAGAAGCUAAGGAUAUUAUACAGCAAGUGAAGGGGCUUUGCGAAGCAGGAGGAUUUCCCUUGCAUGAAUGGAGUAGCAACUAUCCUGAUCUUCUCCCUAACUCGGAAGAAGGGGGACCUACCGACAUAGAAAUCGAUCCUACCUUUUGCAAGCUUCUGGUUCCAGGCAAUAUCACCUUCACGAAGAGAGCAAUUGCCUCGGACAUAGCCAAGUUGUAUGAUCCUCUAGAGCUGAUUUCGCCUAUUAUAAUAAGAGCGAAAAUCAUAUUGCAGGAGCUAUGGCUGUUGAAGACUGGAUGGGACGAGCUGAUUCCUGUCACUUUACAAGAGAGAUGGACUGCGUUUCGACAACAACUAUUACAGCUCGAACCCCUCUCUAUACCGAGAUGGCUCGGUGUUUUUCGUUGCGAUACUUCGAGGAUUGAAAUUCAUGGAUUUUCGGACGCAUCUCAACUAGCCAUGGCGGCGGCGGUGUACAUAAGGAUUCCGAAUGGCGACAAUACAUUUUCAGUACAACUGGUGUGCUCAAAGACCAAAGUUGCGCCUUUUAAGCGGCUCACCAUUCCGCGACUUGAGCUUACUGCAGCUCUCCUCCUAGCGCGAUUAAUAGCAAAAGUGGUAAAAGCUCUCGAGUUACUCGAAGCACUGGUAUUCUGUUGGUCAGAUUCAGAGGCAACGAUUAAGUGGAUAACUGCUAACCCAUCGCGCUGGAAGGAUUUUGUUAGGAAUUGCGUGUCCGCCAUACAAGAACUUUUGCCCAAUGGAUCGUGGCGUUUCGUACCGGGCAAACAAAACCCCGCUGAUCUUGCAACACGAGGCCUAAAAGCGGAUAAACUGUUCCACCUUGACCUUUGGUGGAAGGGACCAAAAUGGUUAUCCGAAUCGCAAGCUUCUUGGCCUUAUACGGAAUACAGAUCGACAUCAGACAUAGAUAUGGAGGAGCGUCCUGGUUAUGUUAUGAAUGCUUUAGUAAGUCUGCCUCCAUGCUGGGAGCUAUUACGCAAGUAUUCCUCUCUUACUAGAUUACUGCGUGUCACUGCGACAUGUCGCCGAUUUGUAAACUGCUUGCGUAAAGUAACUCAGUCUUCUCCUUCUAAUUAUCCAUUAACUCCAAUUGAGAUCCAGCAAAGCCGUGAUUUAUGGGUGCGAAUUGUACAACGAACAUGGUUCCACAAGGAGAUACGACUCUUAGUUAAAGGAGAACGGUUACCAAAGUCAAAUUUCUUGAAUCGACUCACUCCAUUUAUCGACCGGGACGGUCUGCUUCGAGUAGGUGGCCGUCUUUAUUUUGCCCAGAUUGAUAUGGAAGCCAAGCACCCGUUUAUUCUACCUAGGAGGUCACCAUUGACCACGCUCGUCAUUGAAGAUACUCACAGAAGAUCACUUCACGAAGGCACCCAAGUGACUUUGAGCCUCCUGCGUGAGAAUUUCUGGAUAAUUGGCGGAAGGGCGCCAAUACGAUCCCACAUAUUAAGAUGCGGACGUUGUGUUCGGUACCGCGGCAUUCGAGCAAAACAAAUGAUGGGCCAACUUCCCUCCGUAAGAGUGAACCCAGCGAGGCCCUUCUCCCAUUCAGGCCUCGACUAUGCCGGACCCGUGACGUUGAAGACGUGGAGAGGGCGGGCAGCAAAGUCCUACAAAGGCUACUUGGCUAUAUUCGUCUGCCUCGCGACAUCUGCCGUACACAUCGAAGUAGUUACGGAUUAUACUACAUAA